AAAUGCACACGCAGUGUGUAAGUGUGUUCCUCCGCCCUGCAUAUAACUAACUCCCUCCAACGUUGUAAUGUGUGCUUUCUUUCUCGCCUCUUCCCUCUUCCGACAACGUUUUAGUCAAACGAUCAAACUCGUUGUUCCCAAACACACAAAACCCUCUCUCUCGCUGAUUCAGGAACUUGUUCUGGUUUGUUCUGGUUCCUUCAUUCCUCUAUUCUGCACGUUUUUUUUUUCUUUGAACAAAAAUGGAGGUUCAGACUCACACCCACACACUCUCCACCUUCGAUGUCAACCCCAACAACCCUAACGCUUCAUUCCCUUACGACAUUCACCAACCCCAAUUUCGGGGCUCCGAAUACCCGAAUCCGACAUUCCCACUCUCCCCUCACGACUCGCUGAAGCCUCACGCGCCGGAACGCGUGUGCCCUCAGACCAACGCCGCCCUCAAGGUGCAAAAGGUCUACCGGAGUUACCGCACACGGCGGAGAUUGGCUGAUUCCGCCGUCGUCGCUGAGGAGCUCUGGUGGCAAGUGAUUGAUUUCGCGAGGCUGAACCACAGCACUAUUUCGUUCUUCAAUUUGCCUGAGAGUGCUGCGUCACGGUGGAGUAGGGUCAAACUUAACGCUUCCAAGGUGGGAAAGGGUCUGUCCUUGGACGCCAAAGCACAAAAGUUGGCUUUUCAGCAUUGGAUUGAAGCUAUUGAUCCACGCCACCGCUAUGGACAUAACUUGCAUUAUUACUAUGAAGAAUGGUGCAAAACGGAUGCUGGUCAGCCAUUCUUUUAUUGGUUGGAUUUGGGAAACGGAAAAAAUCUUGAUCUUGAACAAUGCCCCAGAUCGAAGCUCCGAAAACAAUGCAUAAAGUAUCUAGGACCUCAAGAGAGAGAGCACUAUGAAUACACUGUGUGCGAGGGGAAGAUUAUCCACAUGCAAUCUGGAGAUUUUCUUCAUACAAAAGAAGAUUCUAAGGAUGCCAAGUGGAUAUUUGUAAUGAGCACCUCUAAGAAACUUUAUGCCGGCAAGAAAAAGAAGGGAUUGUUCCAUCAUUCUUCUUUUUUGGCUGGUGGAGCAACCUUGGCUGCUGGUAGGCUGGAGGCUGAGCAUGGCAUUCUAAAGUCCAUCUCUGCAUAUAGUGGACACUACCGGCCAACAGAUGACGCCCUCAACACCUUCUUAUCAUAUCUCAAGGAAAAUGGUGUCAAACUUGAUGCAGUUGAGAUACGCAAUCCAAAAGAUGACAUUGACACUUAUGAGGAUGGCAAGGUUAGUGAAACAGCCACUGCAUUUGAAGAUUCUAGCAGUGAUGUUAUUAUACCUGAGGCUGGAGUUUCUGAGGAAGCUGAGAACACCUCAUCCUCAAAUAAGGAAGACCUUCAACCUAAAUCUGUUGGCAGUUAUAAAAGGACGCUCUCAGGUGGUCUUCAGAGUCCAAGAGCCGAUGUGCCAAAGAAGGCAAUAUUGCACAGAAUCAAUUCCAAGAAGGCCACAAAAUCCUACCAAUUGGGGCAUCAACUUUCACAUAGAUGGUCAACUGGGGCUGGACCUAGAAUUGGGUGUGUUGCUGACUACCCUAUAGAGCUUAGACUGCAAGCCUUAGAGAUGGUUAACCUUUCUCCAAGACAUCCUCCUUCUCCUUCCUCGUACAUGCUAAUGGGUGGUCUUGUCUCACCUACGGCUAGUUCAAUGCCCAAUGGUUCUCAAACUGAGAAUAAUGAUGAGAAUUCUGUUCAUUGAGCUACUAACUAUCUUAGUGUAGCAACUCUAAGGUUUUUCUGCUAAGCUUAUAGGUGCUCUAGUUAAUGUAAAAUAUAUCUUCUUUAUGUUAUCUCUACUUUUGAGAACUUAAUGUUAUCUUUAUUAAAUUCAAUCGUUUUUA